UUGUCUUGCACUGAGAGAGCUUAGCCAAUCACCAGCAGCCUUCGUCUCUAUAAGACAUGAGUGCAUCAUUAAACACAGAAUACAGAGCAGAGCUGCAGAGAUGACGGCACUUUUCUUUCUUUUUUUGCUACUCUGUGAUUUAUGUGAGAUACAAACUGAUGCUGAAAAGAACUUGAGGAUAGUGCAGGACACUGGGGUCAUCUCAGCUGAAGUUGGGAAGAAUGUGAUGUUACAUUGCACCUGUCUUGGGGAUGUGACUUAUUUAUCUUGGUACCGGCAGAGCGUGGGAGGCAAGCUUGAGUUGAUUUUUACUCGAAUGAAGGGAAACUCCAAAGUGGAGGUCUCGGAGAGCUUGGGAAAAAGAUUCAUUGCUCUUUCUCAUGGUCAAGAAAGCACCAACCACCUCACCAUCAAGGAGCUCCACCUGUCAGAUUCGGGGACCUAUUUCUGCGGGGUGUUGGAUUUUAAUGCAGUUCAAUUUGGACAAGGGGCUUUCCUUGAUGUGCGAACGUCACUGUCCAACGCCCGAGCUGAAGUGCUGCAGCCGACAGAGGAGCUUCUUCAACCAGGGGACUCUCUGAAGUUGAGCUGCACCGUCUACACUGACUCACCAUGUGCAGAGGAGCAAAGAUUCUACUGGAUCAAACUCGGUGCAUCAGAGCUCAUCACCACAUAUCCCAGUGCUGGACAAUGUACAGGCCUCUCUGAAGCACAAAGUCACAAACAAAACUGCUCUACACAUUUUGAGAAGCAGUCAAUGAACUCCACGGAUGCUGGGACAUACUACUGUGUCAUGACAUCCUGCCAAGAGAUCACCUAUGGGGAUGGCACCAGAGUACUUAUUCGUGAACAUUCCUUUGAGGCCUCCCGCGUCGCUGUGUACUGCCUGAGCAUAGCCUUUGCCAUCUCUAUGAACGUGCUGGUCCUCAUGACUUCACUGAUGUACAGGUGGACAAAAAAACUCUGCUCUGUUUGCAAAGGAACUCGCUCCUGUUCGACAAGAUCAGACACAGAGAUCCAGGACAAAGACUCUGUUUAUUGUGCAAUAAAUCUGCAAAGGAACUUUGAACAGAGUCAGCAGGUCAACGACAUGGAGACUGCCUGUGUGUACUCCAGAGUGAAUGUCAAAAAUGAUGACAUGGCAAAUACUUCUGCAAAUUGACAUAGAGCAGAAUAGUUGGUAACUAAAACUACAACAACAGAAUUCAAGAUGUAUCGCUGAUUUGACUGUUUAUUAAAAAUGUGACUUUUUUCAACUUCAAAAAAGUCACAUCAACUUCAAAUUUUUUCAUCACAAACACAUCUAGAAAUUCUAACAACACACCUAAGAAUUACAAACCAAAAAGAGACAAAAUAGAAGAAAUAAUUCCAGGAGGCUCCUCUGUCCUGGGAAAAAAAUAAUAAAAAAUGAAUCAGCAUGGAAAUUUAAAAAAGAAAAUAGUAAAAUUUCAGGAAGGAAAGACAGGUCUCAAUAAAAAUGAGAAAAAAUAUAUACAUUGGUAAUUAGCGGGGCCAGGAUCCUGAGAUACACCAACAGAUGGAAUGGAACUUUUUCAAACGGUCCAGGUUCCCAUUUAUUUUCAAAAAGAAAAAAGAAAAAAAAAAGACUUUGGAUUCUAUAUGAGAACAUCAGGUGUAUGUUCUUACACAACUAUUUCUCCAGGACUGACUUUUUUUAAAACAUGUGUGAAGCAUCAUUCAAAAGGAAAUCUGAAAAAAGCUAAGCGUCACCAUUGUCCAUGUGCAACCAUUAAUACGCUUAGUUUUUAAUUGUGAGCGUAAAAAUAAUUCCACAAAAGUAGAAGUGUCUUCUUAGUGCUCUGCCAUGUAAAAUUUGAGGCUUUCGCUUAAAAAGUAGUGCCUUAAAAUUGUAGUUGGGUCAACAACAAAAUUUAGCUUCUUCCACAAAGAUUUUUAGUUAAUAAAAAAACUUGUUGUAGUUCAACUUUCCAUUUUAUGUCAACAUAAUAAGGCAAAAGAUUUGUAAAUAUGACAUUUAUUUGAAGUAGUGAAGUAAAUAUGUGAAAGGUUUUGUAAUAUAAUAACAUCUUUCUGAUGGCAAUAGACAAAGGCGUGUGACGCGUUUACGUUAUUUUUCAAACAGUAUCUUGUCUGGUGUAACUGUUGUCAUGCAGCUUGUCUGUGUGUAAUGGCGACAACGACCUUGAAGUCUACACAGAACUCUGAACUUCAAACAUGGUUUCACAAUAAAAAACACCGCUCCCCUCGUA